UCCAGGAGGAUGACUGUCUGUUUUAUGACUGCGUCAGAUGAGUGAACACCUUUUACCUUUUCUAGUUUAAAGCUCAAAGUCCACCUGACAGACACGGGCGACCCAGAGAAACGCACCACUAACUGAAUUUAAAAAAUAGCUAAAGGAAGUGAUUCUGCCGGCUGGAACCUCACAAGACGAAGUUUGAUAUCGGGAACAUUCGAAGAAAUUGAACUCUGGAGCUGAAUCCGCUCUCACACAUGGAUGGUACCUGAAGGCAAGCAGGUCGGAUAAAGGUUGUCGCUGUGCGACUGGCUGGUAGCCAUUUUGGAGACGGACACAGCAGUAUAGCUGCAGGUGGAGAUCCUCCUGAUUCCUCCACGUACCAGCACAGCGGCGCCUCAUGUAUGGCAGCAUGGAGCCUGGAGCCAGUGGGCCACCGCUCCAGGUUCUUGGAGAGAAUGAGGCACUGCAACAGUUCUUCAGCGGUCAGGAUUUCAGUAGUGUUGCUGUAGAUACCAGCAUCCUGGAGCAGUACCUCAGUAAUGACAUGGACCCUAGCAACUUCAUGCUUCCUGAGUCUCCUCCUGAUUCGAGCUCGGAGGCCUGUUCUCCUCCACAGAUACCAGACCUCGGACACGAACAAUCCGGUUGGUCCACGCGUCCAGAGGCGUCUAGAGCAAACCUCCCCACGUCCUGUCAUUUUAAGGAUCAAGUCUCCUCUGCGCCCAACCCUGACCGACUCAUUCGACCCCCUUCCUGUCGGUUAAAAGAUGGAGGCUCUGACUUUAUGACCCACAACCAGCUGUGUGGUUUGGGCCUCACAGACACUUACAUAAAAUCUAGGACUCCACCUGAGCCACAUGUUCUAGCCUCUAACAACCCACCUGAACACUACUUAAAUUCAGGAAGCGCUUUGCAAGGUUACACUCCACCCACACCUCCUUCUCCAUCCUUACCUCCAUCCAGUACCUACAUUUCCCCCAUGACCGACCCAGGUAUGGUCCAGCAUCUCCCUGUGUCAUCUUCAUACCAUGUGAUCAGCUCAGUGCCCACUGUACACACCUGUACCCAGGACAGUAAAAGGAGAAAGAGAUCUGACUCUGAGGGGUCGUUUGCAGCAGUUGAUGCUGCAUGUUGUGAAGAUGAUGGGACUCGUAACACUGGGACGGGGAGCACUCUAAGUGGACCGAGUCUGGGUUCCUCCCAGUUGCUUAGAUGGGAACACUACAGGCGAGAACAUUGGAGCACUUUAUGCAACACUAGCUACCAAACAUUGGAGCCUCCUGGCUACCACAUUGAUACAGAUAAAGGCUUUAACUACUCUACAGCUGAUGAGGCCUUUGUGUGCCAGAAGAAGAACCACUUUCAGGUCACAGUUCACAUUGGUGUGGCUGCAGAGCCACAUUAUGUCAGAACGCCCAGCGGACUGCAGAAAAUUGGCCAUUUCCAGAUAAAAGUGUUUGGGAUUAAGCUUGAAACACCCAGCCAUGAGGUGACCAUAGAGCAGUCUCAACCCGACCGCAGCAAGAAGCCUUUUCACCCUGUCAGGGUCAGUUUGCAUGGUGGCAAAAUAACCAAAGUAACUCUUGGCCGACUGCACUUCAGCGAGACAACAGCCAACAACAUGAGGAAGAAAGGCAGACCCAACCCUGAACAGAGGUAUUUUCAGAUGGUGGUCGGCCUUUGUGCUGCCGUCAAAGACGAGACUUUUCUUCUUGCUGCUCUGGUUUCAGAGAGAAUUAUUGUUAGGGCGUCUAAUCCAGGCCAGUUUGAGACCGACAGUGACAACUUGUGGCACCAUGGGUCAGUGCCGGAAGCUGCGGUCUGUCACGGUCGAGUUGGCAUCAACACAGACUCCCCUGAUGAAGCCCUGGUAGUAUGCGGUAAUGCUAAGGUGAUGGGUGCCAUCAUGCAACCGUCUGACUGCCGGGCCAAGGAAAACAUACAGGAGGUCGACUCUGAGCAACUGCUUAAGAGAAUCAAUCAGAUGAGGAUAAUUGAGUUCGAUUACAAGCCAGAGUUUGCCUCCACCAUGGGAAUUGAUCAUACCCAUCAGACAGGAGUAAUAGCUCAGGAGGUGAAGGAGCUGCUUCCAUCGGCAGUCAUGGAGGUCGGCGACAUCACCUGCUCAGAUGGAGAAACAAUACAAAAUUUCCUCAUGGUUGACAGGGAGCAGAUCUUCAUGGAGAACGUAGGAGCUGUACAACAGUUGUCAAAGCUUACGGACAACCUGGAGACUCGUAUUCAAGAGCUGGAAGUUUGGAACCGCCGACUAGCAAAGUUGAAGAGCCUGACGGGUAGCCUGCGCUCCACUAGCAGUAAAGCUCAGGUUCACAACAGCGCGUCAGCAACACCGAACCCAGAGCCGUGUAAGACUGCAAAGGCUCAAAAGAAGAACCAGUGUCAGAAAUUCAUCCACCUUCUGCAGAAUAAGAUCUUCCUGGCCAGCGUCUUUACCUUCCUGGUCACUAUGGCUGUCUGUAUAAUCUCCAUUUCAGCUCUCUACCUGGCAAAUUUGAAGGAAGGAGACAUGGGCAACCAUCUUGGUCACAGCAACAGCAGUGAAUCACCUGUGCCAACAGGGGCUUCAACUACUGCAGCCUCAGUAACAACACAUCCUGGUUUCUGGCCUCCUGAUGUGAGCUUCUGUAACCUGUUGUACUGUGAUCAGGUGUACUGCUGCCCUUCAUCUGCAGAGGGCAGCACUGUCUCCAGCACCCCAGCCACUGAACCAACCAGAAGCAUGACAAGAACAGGAAUAAGACAAGAAAACGUUAACCACAGCUUGAGAAGUGUUGGAGACUGGCGAAACACAACAAUUCACACAUUCAUGAUUAAAGAGAACCAGCAGGUGAUUGAUGGCAGAUACUGCAUGAGGGAUGAAUGUGGGCCUGAAAGAUACGUUUUUAGAGUUCCUAUCAGCCAAUUUGUCCCUGUCAACAUGAGAAUCACACUGCUUAUGAAUUCUACUGAGUUGUUGGUGGUCCAUCUAUGUGCUGUAGAUGAGCCCACCCACUGUUCUGCUCUGCUGAGCGCUACCACAGCCUCUGACAGCAGGUACCCAUCAAAUACACAGGGGGAACAUGAGUGGCCUCUUCAUGUGGCUCGUCUUCAUCACAGCUCGUAUUACUUCCGGUCUGCAGUAGCUGGUCAAGCAGACUGCAGUACUGACCAUCACUACGUGGGGGCGCUCUUUACAGAUUAUCACUUCAACUUCUACAGACGCUGCACAGACACAUAAACAUGAGCUCCUCACAGAGAAUGAAUUAAAACCAAUUAAGUCAGAUCCCUGCUUUCACUGCUUAAGUCAGACAAAGAAACCGAAGAAGACUUUUAUUACUGUGCUGUAAUGUUGUUUUUAUAAAAUGCAAAUUUUUUUGUGAAAGGAAGCAAAUUAUAAAAGCCGUCAGCAAUGAAAGUGUCUUAAAUUACAUAACUAGUCCCUUUAAAUCUGUUUGGCACACGUUUGUUGCUUUGCUGACCUGGGGACAAAGCAAGGGAAAUGUAUCCAGAAAAACUGACACUGCCAUUUAAAUGGAGCAAAAAUCUGCUGUAUGUAGUUUUUUCCUGAAAUAUUUUUAUUCCCAGUGAAGGACUUGGAAGUUUUACCUUUGUUUACGUAAAGCCUGAAUUUGUACAGUAAUAAACAUGUGCUUAGGGGUUGUUAAAAUGGCUGUUCAGCAGUUUGCACUUCUGUUGGCUAUUUAAAGCAAAUAAAUCUCUUCUAAAUCUGACUACAAUUAAAUGCUUUAAAUGUUUUUUUUUUUUGUAGUUUUUGUUGUUGUGAGAUCCAUGUGCUGCGAAGUAGUAUGCAAAAAAAAAAAAAAAAGAUUUUUAACAAUUAAACAACAAAAAUCUGAAAUCACAAAACUGUCAAAGAAAACAAGAAGCAAAUAUGAACAUUAUUAAAUGCAAACUUUGUCUUCUAAAAACCAAUCCAAUUUCAUAGCCAGAGAUUUACCUAUAAAAGGUGCAGUGGCCCAAAAGGUGUCAGCUUUUGUGGAUUAUUUUGAUGUAAACCUGGUUCUGGUCCUCCUGUGCCAGUGUCUCGCAUGCUUUGUACAGUAUGUGUUACAUGUUUCGUUUCUGGAGGCCUCCUUAUUUAAAUGGGUCGGCCUUUAGCUGGGUCUUGCUGACAUUUGAGGCGAGAUUUAGAGAUAACUCAUUGAAUCAAGUGUGUUGGAGAGGAAACGUGCACAAAACUUGUAAAUCCUUGAGAACUGGAGUUGCCCAAACCUGUAAACAGCUCAAAUGUGCUAUCUUAAUUUGUAAUCGCUUUUCCAUAAACUGUCUUUUAUUGUGUUAGUCUGAAGAAAAAUGUUAGAAGUUUUUUUAUUCAACUCUAGAAAUCAGAAUUUCCUAGUUUGCAAUUUAAUUCUCGCACCAAAUACCUUUAGCGCUAUAUCUGAUAGAGGCUCACAACCACUGUAGCCCUCAGCAAGUUUACGCAAAGCUAGGAAAAGAGUUAAAGGGAUAAGGGGAACGGGAUGAAACGGGAGUGGGUCUAACUAAUACAAAGUACUUUGGUUACCUGAAGGAAAGAUAUACUGAUGUCGUGUGAGUUAUUUAUGAAUGUAAAACUGUUUAACUUAAUCUUUUCUAUGAGCUGAACUGAGUGAAUCCUGACUGCUUUAAUAAAAUGUUGUAAAAUGUUA